AUGCUUUCAAACAGGUUAACAAAACGAUUGCUCAAAGUUAAUGGUUUAAUCACAGUAAAAUCAUAUAGAUGUUACUCAGAUGAGCGUAUCGUCGAUAAGUUAGCGCCUGGUAUUUUAUCACCAUUUGAUAAUCCUAGAAGAGUUUAUAAAGUAAGCCUUUAAAUUGUUGAUGUUUUUGGCUCUAGAUAAGUAAUUUAAUCAUACUUUUUGUUUUAAUUCACGGUGUUCAUGUUUUAGGCACAAUAUUCAAGUGCAGAGAAUAAUAAGAAACCAGAAGUAACUAAAAAAGCUGUUCCACAAGUUGAGCCAGCGACAGAACCGGUGAAAGCCAAUGACAAAUCUUCAGAAGAAACGAUAUCCGAACCUCCAGAAGAGAAGCUGUCACAAGUCGUUCAGAAACAGAAUGGUUGGUUAAUAGUCACGUUAUACACGAAGAGCGAGCAAAAAAUUUAAUUUUUUAAAAUUUAUCUCUUAUGAAUUUGGCAAUCUGAACUAUUGCUGCCGCGACCUUGGUCAAGUAUUUGUUUUCGGAUAAUAGUUUUGCGCCGGUUACAAAACAUCGGACGCGAGCCGAAAUAAAUAAAAUAUGGUGAAAAUGUUCGGUAAUAAAGAAAUUCAAUGUUUCAGCAAUGUACAGGAUUGCAUCAAGUCUACGAUCUCUUCGUUUAGCUGGAAACAAUAGCAGAUUGUUGUCUUCAGUUGUGCCAGAUCAAUCAAACAAUGUUGACAAGGAAGUAAGUGUUACUUUUAAUUUUUUUUGUUUUUAGGGGUUAACACAGUAGGUAUCGGCGGACUAAGGGCUUGGCUCACGUCUGUUUAUAUAUAAUUGAUUUAUUUAGUUGUUAUUUAGGAGUCGAUAAAGUUGAAACAGAAGACUGGGUACAGUUAUGUUUUAAAAGAAGAAGGAAAUGAAAGGAUUUCUGUUGAUGAACUCACCAAAAUGAAGAACGAAGUUGAACACGAUCCACUCAAAGCAGUUCAGGAAGUAAGUUGAAAUUGGUAAAGGCCAGUGUAGAUUCACUUUGAUUUACAUACAUUUACUACAAAGCUUGGCACGUUAUGUUUUUGUUAAGAAUAUUAUGAAUUUUGUUUUCUUAUAAAAUAUAUUGCUAUAGGUAUCUGAAGAUGAACGGAAGAAACAGAAGGUUGAAAGGAACACUCGCCUGGGUAUGCUUUGUUUGGUUAUUGGAUCUACAUGCGGAUUCUUUUUGUUUUGCUUUUAUUACGGUAAGCAAGUUUGGAUAUUGUUUUUAGUUACAACUUAUGAUACAUUAGGUAUAACUUUUGAAUUGUUGUUUUUACAAAUGUUUAUGAGAUUCGGUAUUGUCAUCAGACUUUAGAUGAUGUUAUGUUUUGGGUUCAAUCAGUAAUUUUAUUAUUUAUUUUAGGUAGAUCUCGACGUGAUGAAGCAGGUAAUGUUAUUGUUGAUGCUUAUUCAAACAGUGUUUUGGCUCCGUUUUAUAGGAUUGCUGAUGGAUUUAGAGAUUGGAUGAAUGUAAGUGAUGUUCCUUUAGUAUUCUUAAUGAAUAUCUAAAUUACCUUUUGCUUAUGUAGAGGUAUAUGUGUCAGGUACAUUCAGUGUUUUGCCGGACCGGGUCCGGCCCGGUCCGGAUUUUCAAAAAUUGCAAAAUUGAAAACAACUUUUGAGUUUAUAAUUUGAAGUUUUAAAAAAUAAAUAACUUUUGUGAAGGUCCGUCUCAUACAAGUUCCUCGCUAAACAUUUGGACCGGCCGGACCGAAUCGGCCUUGCCGGGUGGUUUAUUUUGGUAAUAACUUGAAAGCCAAAGACGGACUUUCACAAAAGUUAUUUAUUUUUUAAAACUUCAAAACAUAAGCUAAAAAGUUAUUUUCAAUUUUGCAAUUUUUGAAAAUCCGGACCGGACCGGUCCGGCAAAACACUGGGUAUAUUUUGUUAUUUUUUAAUGCAAAAGUUAUAUUUUAUGUUUAAAAUGGCAACUUAUUAUUGUUAUGUUGUAAAAUGUUUUUUCAGUAUGCGGUGGAACCAGCUCGAGAAAAGUUAUUGCCAGAUCCGUUGAAGGCGCCUUACAUACAGCCAAAGUAUACUUUAGUUAUAGAGAUGAAAAACGUAUUGGUGUCACCAGAAUGGACUGUAAGUUUUUUGGUAGCGUUUUUUACAAUAUUUUAAUUUUGAUGCUGUAAAUGACAGUUUUUGUUAAAGGUUUUUUCAUUGAAAGUGCCUAUCAUAACAUAUUUUAGGACCUAAACUUUACUUUUUCAGUUCAUAUUCUUAAAGCAAUGUUUUUAGUACAAAACUGGGUACAGGUUCAAGAAGCGGCCUGCUCUUGACUACUUCUUGGACGUGGUUGGCUACCCCAACUUUGAAUUGGUCAUCUACACAAGUGAACCUCCGAUGAGUGCCUUUUCAGUGGUCGAUUCCUUCGACCCGAAACAAAGAAUUAUGUAUCGACUGUUUAGAGAUUGUACCAAAUAUCAGGAUGGGCAUCAUAUCAAGGAUUUGAAUAGGCUUAACAGGGACUUAUCAAAAGUCAUUUUCAUUGAUUUCGACGCUCAAUCAGCCAAAUUGAAUCCAGAAAAUGUGUUGAGGGUACCCAAGUGGGAAGGCGACAUGGAUGAUACUGCGUUGGUGGAUCUGGCAGAGUUGUUGAAAAGUAAGUGAUUUUAGAAUAUGUUGUUGGUGACAAGGUUCGAGUCUUUGAUUUGUUGAUCAAGGUUUGAACACUUAAUGCGUUUUUAAUUUGUUUUAAGUAGUUUUUGUUUACAACUAUGUUGUUGUUUUUAAAUUAAACUUAAGUGUUACUUAGUUUGCAAUUAACAAAAAAUAAGCAUGUUACCUAUUGUAAAUUAAAUAAUCUAAACAAUAAAUAUUGAUUUAAAUUUUUUAAAAUUAAGGUGGAGAAAAAAUGUAUUAAUUCUGACAACUUUCAGCCAUCCACUUGAGCGACACCGAAGACGUAAGACCAACAUUACAGUACUACUCCAGCUUCGACAAUCCGCCGGCCGAAUUCCGACGACGUGCCAUAGAGCUUGCCGAAUUCGAACAACAACAGAAACAAAAGAAAGAGGAUAGUUCUCUCAGAAAAUACGCAGGAUUCUUUGGCUUCAGAAGGCAUCAGAACGUAUGA